CCCACUUCUUUUGCCUCGUCGUUCUUGUUCUUCAUCAAAGCUCGCCUUUGGUGCGAAGAGGUUGGAUUUUGACCAGACGAAACGAGGCAAAAAGACUUCAAUUGCCCGAAUAGCUUCUCAUCCUUAGCGACAGCAUCUCUUCAAGCUUCACCUUGACCCUAAGCUCCCCUGUCUCAGCCACAUUCCGGUCCUUAUCGUGUAAGCUUUGCCAAGAUCGCUUGUGCCUAUCCGUCGGAGAUUGAUUACCUUGGCCUGCCUUGAACGCGUUCAACUCAAUCUGACCUUCGACAAUCGACAUUCGCGGUCUUCCCGCUUCGCCUUGCGGUGACGAGAUAACUCAUAUAUCCACACACACGAUAUACGAAAUACACAUCCUGUCACAAUGGCGAACGCUGCACGAUACAAUAUGGGCUCAAUACGCCCGGCUGUCAUUGGCAUGGGCCGAGUCUUUGGUGCAAGCUUGACGGCUGUCUCUGCCUUUCCGGUUGACACCAAGGGCCACCAUGACGCUGGCGAAGAGGGCGGUUCCAGCCUCUGGGUCCUCGCUGUUGCGUCAAUGGUUCUGGUCCUUCUUGGUGGUGCUUUUGCUGGAUUGACAAUUGCGCAAGUUCCCCUCCCUCUUGGCGAUUCGCGACGCAUGCUGACCUCACCAGUUUGAUGGGACAAGACAGUAUUUAUCUCCAGGUUUUAUCGGGCGAUCCCGCGGAAUCGCAGUCUAAGAAUGCGAAACGUGUGUUGAAAUUGUUAAAACGAGGAAAGCAUUGGGUUCUGGUCACACUGCUGCUAUCGAACGUCAUUGUCAACGAGUCACUCCCCGUUGUAUUGGACCGAACUCUUGGUGGAGGUGUUGCUGCUGUCGUUGGCAGUACUGUUCUCAUCGUUAUUUUUGGUGAAAUUGUUCCCCAGUCCAUCUGCGUUCGAUAUGGCCUUCCUAUCGGCGGAUACAUGUCUACUCCAGUUCUUCUUCUCAUGUAUCUCACCGCUCCCGUUUCUUGGCCUAUUGCAAAGCUUCUCGACUGGAUUCUGGGUGAGGAUCAUGGUACUUUGUACAAGAAGAGCGGACUCAAGACGCUGGUCACCCUCCACAAGUCUCUGGGCGAGAUUUCCGAGCGUCUGAACCAGGAUGAGGUAACAAUUAUCACAGCUGUUUUGGACUUGAAGGACAAGCCCGUUGCUGAAGUUAUGACACCCAUCUCCGAUGUUUAUACGCUUGCCGAAGACCACAUCCUCGACGAAAAGACCAUGGAUGAUAUUCUAUCCUCCGGGUACUCGCGAAUCCCUAUCUAUCGUUCUGGGAAUCACUUGGACUUUGUUGGCAUGCUUUUGGUCAAGACACUCAUCACCUACGACCCUGAAGAUAGAAUUCCCGUCCGCGAUGUGCCUCUCGGUGCAAUUGUCGAAACGCGCCCUGAGACCAGCUGUCUGGACAUCAUCAACUUCUUCCAGGAGGGCAAAUCGCACAUGGUGCUGGUAUCGGAGUUCCCCGGCUCGGACCAUGGUGCCCUCGGUGUUGUUACUCUUGAAGAUGUGAUCGAGGAAUUGAUUGGAGAGGAAAUUGUUGACGAAUCCGACGUAUACGUCGAUGUACACAAGGCUAUCCGACGUCUUACUCCCGCACCCCGAGCCCGCCGAAUUCACGCAACUGCUGCCGCUGCCGCUGCAAUGGCCACUAAGAAGGCCCCAGGCGACUCUAUUUUGGUCGACGUUGAAGAACACGCCGAGGAUCACCCUCCCAAUGUCGAGACUGCUUCUUUCCACAGCAAUUAUGAAGGGGGAUUCCACAACUCUGCCAAGACUGCCAUUCAUAUGAAGCGCCGAACCUCUGAUGGUGGCAUAGAAGGCACCCCAGUUGUUGUGAAGGCUAGUCUAGAUGAAAUGAGGUCUCAACUUCGUCUUGGGCCUGCCAACCGAGCUGCGAACCCUCGCAGCAAUACCCGCAGCCUCUUCAAAAUCAAACAAGGUCUCGGCGCGAGCCAUACGCCCCCCAACGAUGGCUCAAGACCUGCCCAGCCGCGCGCUGCAUCCCACAUGGGUUUCACGAGUACUCACGGACAAUCUCAGGCGCGGACUCAGGGGCAUGAACGGACACCAUUAUUAGCCGAGGAGCACGAAGAAGCUAUUGACGACGAUGAAGAUGACCACAGUCGUAAAACAAAUGGUCGGCAUUAGGGGGUAUAUUUAGUGGUAUGGACAAUAGGGUUUGAUGGAAUCGUUUCUUAGGAGUGGCUAUAUCUAAACCAGGGCCCUUUACUGUUGGGCAUACCAGGCAAGGUCUAGUUAAUACACCUCCGCAGCAUUGAUGACAGCAGCCAAAUCAUGGCAACUAUAAUACUCUUUGACGUCAAAUUUUGUCUCAUUGUAACUUUAUUCUUCUUCUAUUCAUCCAUACUAAUGUGCUCUCAGUCAUACCAGAUGGCGUUCAUGCCGAAGCCAGGCUCUGGUGUUCUAACCCUUGCAACACGGGCGAGGUGCUCAUCUUGCCAGCGGUAGAUCUCCAGCCAACCUUCUUGGUCAUCCGUGAUCGCUACCCACUCGUCUGUCCAAGGGCAAGGCGCAACCGCAUUACUGUGUCCACCACUCGUAGGUGUAGGAUUCAGGCAGAUCUGGCGCUCAAUGGCGCCGGUAUCCGAGAGCUUGAAGGCGGCCACAUAACCUGUCAGGUCGAAGGAGUUGGCACGGGACGAGGCAAAGAGAUACUUGCCCGACGACGAAACCACGCAGACAUCAGCGCGGUACUGUGUCCACCUAUCGGGGAUACCUGGAGGAAUCAGAGGGUAGUGCUUGUGGGUGUAAACGGGAAGACGAGUUGCUGGAUCGAUGAGGUACUCGCAAAUUCGGUUGCCCUUCUCCAUAAGAGCAUAGAGGUAGUUUCCAGUAGGAUGCAUGGCUACCCAUCGAGGGUGGUCUCGAGCAUCAGGACAAUCGACAGAACCAACUAGCUCAAGAGAAGGAUCGUCCUUGCUGACACGGCGAUGGGUCCAGAGCUUGUUAGCACGGAGGUCGGCAGAAUAGAGGUACUCUUCCUCAGGGUCAAAGACCAUUCCGUGAAUACCCGUGUUAGGCUGGUAAGGAUAGUUUUGAACAUUUUCCUUGAGAGCCUUUGUGGUGGAAUCGGUGGUGAAGACAGCGCCGUGGCCAGCGUGAUCGUAGAAAGGAUUGCAGUAGACGGCAUAAGGAGGCUUGUUCGCUGCGAGAAGGAAGAUGGCACGGGUGUU